AUGUCUAGUAAGGAUAAGAAACCACUUGUUCCACAUGGAUGGGUCGCCAUCUGGGAUGAUAAAUACCAAGAGUGGUAUUACGUUAAUGAAAAGACCGAAAAUUCUCAGUGGGAACCUCCUGAAGGAACCAAGUUGCCUAAAGUUCCUCCUCCUCCUUCUCAUCCUCCAUCGUCUGCCAAAAAUGUUGACGCAACAACUGCUCAGCAACAGUACCACCCUCAACAGCAACUUCAACAGCAACCUCAAUAUACUCAACAGCAACCUCAACAGCAAGUGCAACAAGAAACCACCACUUCUUCGGGUCCGGGCUAUGGAGGUGUUGCAGCAGGUGCCAUGGGUGGUAUGUUAGUUGGUAGUGUCAUGGCCAGAAACAGAAUGAGAAGAACUGCCAUGAUUGGUGCAGCUGCAAGGAGACCAGCAAUGCGCAGAAGACGCUAG